CAGGCUCAUAUUAAAUUUCCUAUCGACUAUCCAUAUUCACCACCUACCUUCAGAUUUCUGACCAAAAUGUGGCACCCCAACAUUUAUGAGAAUGGAGAUGUAUGUAUUUCAAUUCUUCAUCCACCUGUAGAUGACCCACAAAGUGGAGAGCUGCCAUCUGAGAGGUGGAACCCUACUCAAAAUGUCAGGACUAUCUUACUGAGUGUAAUCUCUUUGCUUAAUGAGCCCAACACAUUCUCUCCUGCCAAUGUGGAUGCAUCAGUCAUGUUCAGGAAAUGGAGGGACAGUAAAGGAAAAGACAAGGAGUAUGCUGAAAUCAUAAGGAAACAGGUUUUGGCUACCAAAGCUGAGGCAGAGAAGGAUGGCGUGAAGGUCCCCACUACACUGGCAGAGUACUGCAUCAAAACUAAAGUGCCUUCCAAUGACAACAGUUCAGAUUUGCUUUACGACGACUUGUAUGAUGACGACAUUGAUGAUGAAGACGAGGAGGAGGAGGAUGCCGACUGUUACGAUGAUGAUGAUUCUGGCAACGAGGAGUCGUGACCUGCUCCCUCUAUGCCCCUGUACUGCCCUGCCAACUCAGGCCAGAAGGGAGCAGCGGUAACCUAGCAGCAGUCCAGCAAAAAAGUGUGGGGGGGGGAUCAAAAAAAAAAACAAACACUUUUUGUCUCCUGCUGUCUCCUGUUGUAUGGAUCUGUUUGCUCCUUUUUUAUGGACCUUUUAGAGACCCUCCACAGAAUGUCUGAAUUCUUGCAUUUUUAACCCUUUUGUCAUUGUAUCAUUUCUUUUUAAGAAAGAAACUCCCCUUUUAACUUCUCUACGAAAUGCUCACAGCGAAACAGGUUUGCUCGCGUUUAGAUUCUUGAAUAAAAAACAGUCUUGCAUUGAGGUGUUUAAUGUAUUUAAAGCUGGAACAAACACAUUGGAAGCUGGGGUUUUGGGAGCUCAAGUGCUGCAUUUACUGGGAAGAAAAAAAAUCCACACAAAGCAAAUUGCCAAGGUUUAGCUGCUCCAUUUACAAUAAUAGCGUGUGUACAUUCGUUUAGCCUUGUGGUGGUGGCUUUUCCUUUAUAAGGUGUGGGGCGGAGAGUGUAAAGCUACUGUGUGUUAAGCUUGAUGGGAUGUCACUGAAAGGUACAGUAUUCCUUUUCAGCCUGCUCAAGUUAGGAAAUAGCUGGCCCCUGGAGACGCAGAGGGCACAGUCAGCUUUGUCUUUGGAAAAGGCUUGUGAUAUGAAUCCUAAAAUAAACACUUACACUUCACGUCUGUACAAUUGAGGCCUGGGGUUUUUAUUUUUCAGACUAGGUUAGGGUUGAAAAAGCCUGGAUCUGAUUGAAAAAGUCUGAGAUCUGUUGCCAUCUGCCCCUCUCCUGAAAGAGAACAGACCUGCAUCCCCCUGUCCAGCAGGCCAGCAUUUGUCCUGAACUUCUUUCUCGCAGUGGGAGAGACCAAUAGCCUCCUGCCCCAGUGCUUGCUAGCAGCUCUUGCCUCCUGCAGCCCAAGUCCAGUGCUGGCCUGAGCCUUUUUCUGUUGACAUGUUGGUCAUGUGUUGGAAGCUCAGCCCUGCUGUAGCUCUGUGGGCUCUGCGAGGUGGGCAGAAGUCAAAGCUGCUUUUUUGUGCCUGCCUGGGGUGGCCAGGCUGUCCCAGUGCCAGCUAUGGCAGUGGGGAUGUGUGCUAGACUCCUGCCUGGGGAGGGCUAUGCAGUGCUUCUGGCCUGGAAGAGAAGGCCAGCAGUGGGGUUUGAUGGGCUAUUUUAGCAGCAUGCUUCAGCUGUUCCGCUGAGCCAGGCAUCCUGCAUGUUUUCGGAGCUCUUGACAGAGCUUAGUGGCCUCCCUUGUGGGUAGGUGGGACCCUGCAUGCUCGUGUCCGCAGAACCCUCGGCCCCUUACCGCUGUUGCAGCGUGCUCCUCUUGUUCUGGGCUGCAGUGCUCUGAAUUCACCUUCUGCAUGAUCCUGCGCUUGGCAGCCAGCCCUGCCUUCAUGUGCUGGGCACUGGCCCCUGCAGGAGCAGCUCAGGCUCGCCCUGCUCGAGUGAGACCCUCCUCACAGGUACAGAGGCGGUUACCCUGAUAGGAGCUGCAGGCUGGGGCAUUUGUUCAUGCCCUCCCUUUUGUCUAUCUCAGGGUUUUCAACGGUACGUCGCCAGCUAUGAUCCCUCAAGGGCUGAUUUGUUGGGAGUAGACUUUGUUCUCGGUCGGCUGGGUGGCUGUGUCCUGGGGUGAGGAGCGGGGUGAGAGUCAGCCAGCUCCAAGUGUGCUGCCUGGAGGGAGAGGAAGGGAAGACGGCUCAUGGGACGCUGAAGUGAGCAAGGCAGGUGUGUGUGUUUUAAAAAUGUUGCUUGCCUGGGAUUUGCUGAGCCGGGACAGUCACUGCUGCUGUGGCCCAGGGGGUGCUGGUGGUGCAUCCCUCAGCCCCUGUGGGAUAAAGGCAGCCCAAGUGCUGAUACCCUGUGUGUUGCCGUCCGUCCCCACCCUGCCCUGUGUUCCUGCCAUGGUCUGCCCGCCUGCUUGCAUGUUACCCUCAGCCCCUGGUGCUUUUUGGAGCUGUCAGCAGGGCUCCCCUGCAUUUAGUGAUGGUGUGGGGCACACCCAGCUUCGCUCCAGCCCUGCAAUGGCAGCGCCAGAGUUGGCAAAGGGGUCCCUGGGCCUCCUGCUUGCAGGACUGGUCUUGGGGCCACAGUGGGAUGGGGUCAACAAAUUCCAGCUUUGAGGGGGCUGUUGGGGGUGAGGGAGCAGAAUGUGGCAAUGCUGGCUGUGCUGAUGGCUUGGUUUGAAAUGAGGAUACUGCAUCUUUCAGGAUCUCCCUUGUACUUUUGACCGUCUUCACUGUAUACUUUCCAGUGACUUGUAUUUUCAAGCUUGGUGUUGUAAGAUGCAUUACCAUGACUCUUCUGUUCCUUUUUUUAAAGGUAAAAAGCAACCUAUUUUGAGAGCGCCUACACAAACCAGACAAAUUUCUCUUCUCUGCUGUCCCGUGCAGUGUCAUUGCUUGUUGACUUGCUGGUUUCCUUUCUUUGAGAUACAAACUGAAGUAUGAGGGUUUUUUUGAAACUAUUUAAGAGAUUGUGGAAAAAUGUUUACCUGAUCUGUGUAUUCUGUUUUUUUUCUUAACCCUUUUCUCAUGUCUCGGCCAAUACUAGCGUUUACAUUUGCAACUACAAGCCCCUUCAAAUGCAGUUUUCAACCAUUCUGAAACCAGCAGGGUACACUAGAUUUCUUAGUAGUUUUCUUAGCUGAAGUCCCAACUGUUUUCCUUUUUUUCUUCAGUAUAAUUUACCAGAAAGAAUUAACUGAUGCAUUUUUUGUGUUGUCUCCCCCUUCAGUAGUUAUAUUUUGUCUUUUCUGCACAUCUGUCUACUAAUAAAAAUGUGAAAUGAAAA